AUGGGCAACUUUACUAUCGUGAACGGCCAGAUCUACACGCCAGGCCUGGCGAUUGUUGACUCCCCACAGCCCUACACCCCCGAGGGUGGACAAUACCUUCAGGUCGCAAUUGAUGUCUCCGGAGACGGACGGCUGCCAUGGCCAUCAUCCACACAGUCCGCCAACUCUCCCACUCUCUUCCACAACAUCACGUUAUUCUUGACAUCCGAAUCUCUCUCGCACAACUUCACCAUCUCCAAUGGCACAGUACCAUCAAACGACUCCCAAGGCUAUGUCGGUCCAGUACUAGAUCUUGAGCCCUCUUCCACCGUCAAGCAUGUGAACUGGGUUUGGCCCAAUUGCAUGGUCGGCAACGGCGGCAGCUCUUCUGAUCGGGGAGCAUAUAAUAUCUCCAUGCACCAGUCUUUUCGCUGGAAUGGCACCGACUACUACACCGUGUUUGACCUUCCUAUCUCGGUCACCAACAGUAUUCCAGCGGACUCGGCAAGGGUGGAUUGUGCCUUGCUGGAGAACAAAUUGCUAAGUGUAGCAGAAGUGGAAAAGAGCUCUGACUCGCUCCCGGGCCAGCCAUGGGUACAAGGGCGCAAACGCCAGAUAUUCCGCGCGCUGGUUAUCCUCUUCGUGUUAUGGAACUGGAUAGAAGUCUACUGGAUCAAUCGGCGGCUGCUCAAAGCAGACGUCAUCCACCAUGAACAGCCACGGCGACGGUUCGAACUACCACAGCGACAGGAGCGGAUCUACAUCGCGGGUGUGAAUUGGAACAGCGAAUCCAUUCUACGGAGCCACUGGAAUCAGGCCGUGCUUGACCUCGCUCAGAAACUGGGGCGCGACAACGUCUUUAUCAGUAUCUAUGAGAGUGGGAGCUGGGAUGGGACUAAGAGUGCGCUGGCGGAGCUGGACGAGGAACUAGAUCGUCUUCGCGUGCCUCGAAAUAUCACUACCUCGCCGGUUACGCACGAGGAUGAGAUGAACAGACCACCUGAUGGUGAUGGCUGGGUCGAGACCUCUCCGGGGAAGAAACAGCUGAGGCGAAUUCCGUAUCUCUCUCGAAUGCGGAAUUUGAGUCUGCAGCCGCUGGCAGAGCUGGCAGAGCAGGGGAUCAUAUUUGACAAGGUCUUGUUUUUGAACGACGUUGUCUUCACGCCCAGUGAUAUAGUGGAACUAUUGAAAACCAACAAGGGCGACUAUGCCGCUGCCUGUUCGCUGGAUUUCUCAAAGCCACCCGACUACUACGACACCUUUGCGCUCCGAGAUAUUGAUGGCCAUGAGGCGGUGAUGCAGCAGUGGCCGUAUUUCCGUGCAGCGUCGUCUCGGCGCGCUAUCAAGAACAUGUCGCCUGUCCCAGUGACUAGUUGUUGGAACGGCAUGGUCGCCAUGCCAGCAGGUCCCUUUUACGCCAACUCACCACUCCGAUUCCGGGGUAUCCCUGACUCCCUCGCAAGUGCUCACCUCGAGGGCUCGGAGUGUUGUCUUAUCCACGCAGACAACCGAUUAUCCAAAUACCUGGGCGUCUAUCUGAACCCCCGCGUCCGCGUAGGGUACAAUGGCGAUGCCUAUGACGCCGUGAAUCCGACUGGAAAGUGGCUAUCCCGAUGGCAGAUUCUACGGGGGUUAUGGAGCAACCGUCUGCGCCGCUGGACAACUUCUCCUCUGCCGAAAGAGAUGGUCGUCCGGAAUCGGGUGGAGAAAUGGGCUGCAAAGAGCGAACAGAACCACGAGCCUGGUGUUUUCUGUCUCGUGAAUGAGAUGCAGGUCCUCCAUCCCCGUGGAUGGGCUCAUGUAGAUUAA